ACAAAUAUCUCGAAUCCUCUUACAAGAUAUCUAUUGAUUUUGCUGAAGGAUACUAUGAUUGUUUUUAAUAAAACUCUGGAGGUAACUGACAAGAAACCGUACAACAUUACGAAUCUUGUUCAUUACGCAACGUAUAAAGUUAAUGUAACCGCUGGCAAUUCUGAAUGCUUUGGUAGCUCAACUACAGCUACUUUUAGAACUGCUGAAGAUGUUCCCGAAGGUCCACCUUUAAAUGUUCAAAUUGUCGCCUUAAGCAGUUCAUCGUUAUCAGUUACGUGGGAGCCACCAGACAAGAAGAAAACAAAUGGAAAGAUAGUCAAUUACACUGUUUGUAUUACACAUUUGGAGAAUGAAACCUGUUCAAUGAAGUAUAUGAUCGAGGAACAGCGUUUGGACAUAAAUAAUGUGAAACCAGGGACAAAAUAUUAUGUUAGUGUUUUAGCUUCUACAAUAGUGGGAUCUGGAUGUUACAGCAAUGUUACAUGGGUAUUUACAAAUGGAUUGGCAUCUGAACUGUCCACGAAGCAGAUUGGAAAUACAUUGACUUAUUUGUUGCAAAAUCCAAAUGUGGAAUAUCGCUAACUAUGUAUUUUACUA